UAAUCUUCGUCAUUCAAAAACUAUUUAUUAGGUUUCGAUAAUCCUCUGCUCAGUUUCGUAUCAAUGGAGGAUGUGAAGAGAUGGAGCGUCACCUACACGAAGCACAUGAAGCAGAAGCGCAAGGUUUAUCAAGACGGUUUUCUAGUACACAAUACCUCAACCAACAAGCUUUCGCUGUACGACGAUAGCGAGAAUCUCUUGGAAUGUAGGGUUUUGAAGAAAGAUGAAGUCGUUAGCAGUGGCGAAACUCUCACAUUCAAUUCUUUCCUUAUCGACGUCGACGCUGCCGAGGGAGAUCACGAAGUUCGAUCUAGUUUGAAUUCGACAAAUAGUCGGAGAGAUGAGAAAAGCAAAUCGCAGCAGCGGCAGAGUUUGAGUCCGUCGCAGAAGAUUAUAAGAGAUUUUAAGAAGAGAGAAGUACGCAAGUAUGAAUCAAUACAGAGCAGAACUCCGGAUAUAACAAAGUCUAGCAUUACAGAAUGGGAGGUCCUGUACACGACACAGAUUACUAAAAAGGCUAAGAAGUUUCAUGAUGGUUUUGUGCAGCUCGAGAUUCGUGGAUCCAUGGGGAGGCAGCUCAUGCUGUUGGAUGAAAGCAAAAGUACCCUAGAAAGUAAGUUUUUAAAGAAGGAUGAGAAGAUAGAAUCUGGAGCAACAAUUUCUUUUGAUGCUCAUUUAGUUCAAAUUGGAGAACCUCAUGGAGAUCACAAGAGUUUUGGGGGAAGUAAUUCUAAUGUUGCAAGAGAAACAGGAAUCAUGAAUGGACAGCGAAACUAUGGUCACGGAAACAACUCUUUUAAAACUGUUAAAGAAGAGUUUGCCAAGAGUGAAUUUAAAUCUGGGGCAUCUCAUAGUAGUCAAGAUACAACACAAUCUAGUCCAACAGAGUGGCAGGUCAUGUACACAUCACAGUUGACUCAAAAGUCCAAGAAGUAUCACGAUGGUUUCUUAAGGAUUGCAAAUAGUGGCUCUCGUGGGAGGCAGGCAAUGCUGUAUGAUGAAACGAGAAAAGUCUUGAAUAGUGGAUUCUUGAGAAGAGAUGAAGUUAUAAGAACUGGCGUAUCGUUUGUAUUUGAUGCUUAUUUGGUUGACAUUGGACAGCCUGAAGGAAACAGUGAACCAAUAGCUGCUUUGAGUGCUCAGGAAAACUGCUGUAAGAUUGUUAAGGAAAUAGGGAAAAUGCACAGACAACAAAAUUCUCUUGCAUUUAAUAAAUCUUUUUUAAAAGACAAACCUUCCGGCAAUGCUUGUUUGAGGAAAGCUACAGUAUCAGACAUUAGCAUAUCGGCUAAAAUUGACACAAAGGAAUCUAGCAGGACACCCCUUACAGACGAGCCUCUACGGAAUGCCCGUCAAAUUUUGUCUUUUCUCCAGAAACCCAUAAGUCAGAAUGUUCCAGAUUAUAAAUUCAAGACCCCUACAAAGGAGCCUCUACUUUCAAACCCUGCAGAUAUCGAUUUUUCUGAACAUGAUCAAACACCAGAAUUAUCAGUUUCGCAUGAUCAAUCUAAUGAAAGUGUUGAUGCUUGGGAAUCAAGAGAAAAUAUGGACACUAAGAGACCACUUGAUAUGUCUUCCAAAGACAUUGCAGCAAUAUCCAACGGCGAUGGCAGUCAAUUAGUGAAUGGCAACAACGAUAAUGGGACUUCCCACCAGCAUCUUAAUACAGACAAGAUGGAAGUCAACUCUAAAUGGCGUGAUGGAGCAAUAUGUUCCGAUAUGCCAUGUUCCACUACAGCUUCUUGUGGUCCCAUUGACGCUAAAAAGAAUCAUUUGGAGGAUAAUUCUACUUGUGCAUGGAAUAUGGAUGAAUGUCCAAGUUUUGAUCUUGGAAUUUAAACACUCACAACAGCAGAUGCCUUUUUGUGAAUAAGGGGUCAAUGAUAUAAGUGCAAUAUGAUCUAAUCAGUAGUGUACUUGUCUGCAAGGAAGAAAAUUACAAGAGUAUCCUAUCAAGCAAACUUGGAAAGUUAUAAGCAUUUUCUUUAUCACUUAUUCUGAAGAUCACAUUGUUGACGAAAGAGAUGAAGUCGAGAAAUUGGGAAUCCAUCCCAACUGUGAAUUUGUAGGUUGUCUUAACUCUUAAGACACUCAACAAUGUAAAGGCUAUUCUGUCUCUGUGAGAGGAAUUACAAGACACCUAACCAUAUCAAGCAAUGUAGUUAGUGGAUUUCUACAGCUGCUUAUGACAUUUCUGAUGUCACACAGUGAAGAAGCCUAACACACACAUAUCUUUAUGUACAGAUACAAUGGACUCAUAUAUCUAAUGACUGAUAUUAAAACAUAUGCUAAAAAUAUAAGGAAAACUUGUUCC